AUGCCCGAUGACGACAACAACAGCGAUGAGGUUCUCGUCUACUUGCAUUUCGACUCGGACGAUUUCUCCGAUUACCUCACGAGCCACUACCUCUUUCAAAAACCCAAGCCACCCGCCCGCGAUGCGCAGUCCGCAGCGCGAGCGGCCAAGGCAGAGCCAGCUUCGCCUGGGAAACGCAAAACGCUCCGCCUGUGGUUUCGUCGUGACCGUCCCAAGGGAAAGAAUGGCUUGCUAAUUGGGAGCAGCUCUUCAUGCCAUAUCAUGCUGAACCAUCCAUUCAUAGCAAAGUUCCACGGUACUUUGACCUUUGACGAGCAUCAUUGUCUUGUCUACAGGGACCUUGGGUCUCGACACGGUAGUUCCGUAACGUACCAGCCCGGCGGCUCCGAGGAGAACUCCGAGGUCGGCUCUGAUCUCAGCGAUCGGAGGCGGGACUUUACUUGGGUCGUCGGGGGGCCGGACGUUCCUGGAGGUGUCGUGAUUUGCCUGGGAGGCAAGUACAGCAUAUCUCUCACCGUGCCAUCGCGCGACUGGACCAGCGCAGGGCACCAGCGGUAUGUUGACCGCUUCCUCGCUGCUACUCGUGGCGAUGUCAAAGACCGGCAGCUACAGAAUGAGAUGAACUCAGAGUUGGUUCGACCCGGUCCCGCACGGCACAAGAAUCCCGCUCUUCAGACACGGCCCUUGUUCCUCCCCGCCAGCCUUGGCAGAGUCGCUGGUGAAUGGAACGUCAGCACUGCAAGGUUUCGGGUGGUCAAAUCAGUCAAAUACAGUGAACGUCAAGAAUUGAAGAAUUGGGGCAAGGAGGUCCUGAUUUGGAACGAUUUGAAACACGCAAGUCACCCUCUCUCUGUCCUUGCCCCGCCCAACAUAACGCAAUGUCUAGAGGUCAACUUGACCGUUUUCAAUCUCUUUCUGCGACCCAGUCUAGCGUUGCACGAAGGGGUGACCCCCAGCAUCUAUUUGGAAUAUGCGCCGUACGGCAGUCUCGAGCAUCUCGAGUCGAGCCUACAGUAUGAGCAAGCCGUCUCCGUGACGUACCAGUGCCUCGACGCGCUCACCUACAUGCACGAGCGCAACCUGGCGCACCGGAGCAUCAAGCCGUCCAAUAUCCUCAUCUCCGCGCUGGAUCCGAUCCGCGUCAAGCUGACCGACUUUGGCGCCGCCACCGUCAGCGACCGCUGCGCGAGCAUCCGCGGAAGCGCACCCUGGUUCGCGCCCGAGAUGCACGCGGCGAUCGACGCCAACGGAAACAGGAAGCGACGCGGCGCGAACGGAGAGAAAAUCACAUUCGACAGCAACGGAAAGCGGGCAGCAAGGAAGAUGAAGCCCCUCGAGUACGGCGCUGCAGUCGACAUAUGGGCGCUCGGCGUCGUCGCCAUGGACCUGGCCUGGCCAGGCAACCUCCCCGGCCCCGGCGCGCACUCACCCGCCGCCCCGCGCUGGAAGUUGAUUUGCGACGCGCUCGCGACGAGCCUGAGCAAAGCCAUUGCAAAAAGCCGGUGGCUCACGUUCAUCAAGAACAAGAUGCUGGUCUCCGGGCCGUCAGAGAGACGAUCGGCCAGGGCCUGCUUGCAAGAAGUGGAAGCGCUUCAUAGGCCAUCCGUGCGCAAAGAGGGGCCGGUCAAAGAUGCCGCCCCCAAGCCACCAGAUAGACAACCGCCGGCUGAAGCCUGCUUGCGAGAAGCGGAAGCGGCCCAGGGGCGAUCCGCGGGGCCGGUAAAAGAAGCCGCCUCCAACCCACCAGAUAGACAAUCAUCGGCCGAGGCCUGCUUGCAAGAAGUGGAGGUUCUUCAGGGGCAAUCCGAGCCCAAGACAAUGCCGGUGAAAGGCACCGCCGUCUCCGAGCCAUCCGAAAACUACGUGGCCGGGGCCAGCGGCGCCGGGACCGGCGAGCCCGAAGCCGUCGUGGUGACAGUGGCUGAACAGCCCCCUGCUCCCCCGGCCAUCACGCUACAUUACAAGGUAGACUGGGAAGGCGAUUUGGUCAUGACAGGGAUGGCUUUCUCGACCAUCACGCUGUCCUGGAUGGUCGACGGGGAUGGGGACGUGCUCAUGACGGAUGCGCCGCGUCCAGGCUAG